AGGUUUCAGAUAAAUAACAACUAGGAGAAAACAUGGCACAUAACGAUACAGUGAAGCUGAUAGGUUCUUGGUCAAGCCCUUUUGCCCUUAGAGCACGAGUGGCUUUACACUUGAAAUCUGUCAAGUACGAGUACUUAGACGAACCUGAUGUUAUUAAGUUAAAAAGUGAACUCCUUAUCAAGUCUAACCCCAUCCACAAGAAAGUCCCUGUCCUCAUCCAUGGUGACGUCUCCAUCUGUGAAUCCCUCAACAUCGUUCAGUACGUCGAUGAAGCUUGGUCAUCUGAUCCUUCCAUUCUUCCGUCUCAACCUUACGAUCGCGCAUCUGCUCGGUUCUGGGCUCAGUACGUCGACGACAAGUGUUUCGAGUCUCUAAAUGCGGCGGCGGGAGCAAAAGACGAGGAAGGGAGAAUGGCGGCGGCGGGAAAGCUGAUGGAGUGUUUGGGGAUACUAGAAGAGACGUUUCAGAAGAGCAGCAAAGGGUUAGGGUUCUUCGGAGGAGAAAACAUAGGCUACCUCGACAUUGCAUGUGGGACACUUUUAGGUCCAAUCUCCGUGAUCGAGGUGUUUACCGGCGUCAAGUUUCUCCAAGAAGAGACAACACCCGGGUUGAUGAAAUGGACAGAGAGGUUCGGGUCCCACGAAGCUGUUAAGCCGUACAUGGCAAGUGUCGAUGAGUACGUCGCGUUCGCAAAGCUGAAGUUCAACAUUCAGUGAUGUGUAAUGCUUCCAAAGUAAAUGUGUGUGUGGGGGGGGAGGGAAGGGAAUAAAUAAAUGAACGAGUGAAUAAGAUUUGUCUUCUUUGAAAGUUUCGUAUGAAGUUCUCUGUGUAUUUGCCUAAUCAUAUAUGCCACUUUGGAUCUUUCUU